AUGAAGAUACUGAUAGUUAAUGGAUAUUCUUCUACUCCCAAAGGAUCCUAACUCUUCACAAAUUUUUAAUUUAUUAUAUACAAGCUCUUUAAAGAACAUAAAGUGAAAAUAGAUGAUGAACAAGAGUUUUACAUACGUGACAGAAAUAAUCUUGAGGACUUCAUAUAUGAAUUGAACUCACCAUUUUUGAAGAAAGAAAGUGCCACAUAAUUUGAUUUAUUGGACAUGAUAUUUCUUGUUGGAGAUGCUAACCUACGUCCUUGGUCACCUACAGCAGAAUAAAUGCUUAUAUUACUAAGGAUGUGCAUGAAAUCCUAAAAAGUUUUAUUUGCUUGUUCAUUUGGAUUUUAGGGCUUGAUUUACCUAAGCGCUUCCAAUUUUGAUAGACCUUAUAAUGUAAUAAACGGCUAUUUGAAUGGUAGCCAAAUUUCGGACUUGCUUAAAUCAAAUAUUAAUCCAUCUAACUUGACUGUACAUGAUAUAUUCAUAGAUAAUGUCACUGGUGAUAUUCUUGUUUAUAAUUUUGAAAGCUCAAAUUGGAUACCGAAAGGAAACACAGGUUUGCACUAUAAUAAAGCAGCACAAGAAUUCUCUACAAUAGGAAAGUAUAUUCUAAAAGCUCCGAAUUACUAACCAAAAAGUAAUGAGGAAUAGCUUAUCUAUCUGAAUUCAAGUACAGAAACAAUAUGUAGGGUUAAAAAAAGAUACAUAUCUCAUUGGGCAUUCAAAGGAAUAGAUGCAAAUUUUAAAGUGCCUGCAAAAAAUUAAUGGGAUGCUCAUCCUUUCACAAGUGUGAACCCAGAGAAGCAAUUUCAAGUUUUAGCUGAAAGCUAAAGAGGGCCAUUAAUUAUUGAAAGCAAAUAAAUGUUUGCCAUUUAGUUUUCUUUGAAUGAAAAAUACCCUGAAACAAUAAAAUUAGUAGAAAAUUAUUUACUGCAUUUUAUAGAAUUGUACUAAUCUUAAAAGAUCAUUUAUAAAACUAUUUAAAAAUGUGUAGAAUUUUCAAGCUAAGAAGAAAAUGCUUAUUAUAAGUCAAGAAAAAAAGAAAAGAAGUUAAUAAUGUAAAGAGAAAUUAAAUAUUCAUAGAUUUCAAAUAAAGUAAACAAUUUUAAAACCUCGCUUGAUAUCGAAAAUGAGAUAAACUAAUUCAAGCAUGUAGGUUUAAGUGCAAAUCAUUAACAUAAUUAAUACAUUAAAAUAGAGAAUAAUGCCAUCAUAAGUUAAAAUUAUAUUUCUCCUUAAACUGGUAAACAUAAAAGUAAAAGUGUAGAUAGCUCAUUAUUUAAAAAGAAAUAAGGAUUUCCCAUGCAGAAAGAUGAGAUUAAGGGAGAAGAAAACCAAGUAAAAAAGGUGCCUAUUUUAUUUAGAACUUACAAAAAAGUAGAUAGAGAUAUGAACAAAUAAUUCUAAAUUAUGUCAAUGCAUAGAAAAUAAUCUCUUUCUUAGUCAAAUCAAAAUGAAGUUCCUAAUAUUUAGUUAAACAAUACAGAAGAAAGCUAAAAAUAAAUCAAAGACUCUUCUGAAUGUUAGGAUACUAUAAAUUCGUUUACCUAGUAUGAUGUGAGGAAAUUUCUUCAUCCUUCUCUUUCAUAAGAUUCACUUUGUGAUAAGUUUACUUGUGCUACACCAUCAAAUUCUUAAGACAGUUCCAAAAUAUUUGUUAAAUACAACAAUUAAAGCCUAUAAACAAAUUAAGAGAAAACAUUUUUAAGAAGUUUUUAUAGAAAAAAGAUAAAUAGCACCUAUUCUUAAGCAUCAGGAGUAUUUUCAAAAAUAUCAGAACCUUAUGUCACUCAAUAAGAAAUAGAGAGAUCUUAUUAGAAAGAACAAGAUAAAAAAAUAAUAGGAUCUAAGAGAUUUUUUACUUAUUUAAGUAGAUAAACAAGCCAGAAUUAAUCAUAAUAAUCAUCAUAUAUGUAGCAGUCAAAUUAAACUUUUUACAAUAAAGUUGGCGGAGGUUCUUAAAAAAUUUAACAAUUUAAUGUAAAAAACAUGCUUCAUUAAAAAUGGAUAUCAAUAGGAAAGGACUAUCAAUUUUGA